AAGAAGCAUUCAAUUUUCGUCGAGUAAAUAUGAACGAUGAGACAUCAACUCAACGUGAUUGGGGACAGUUUUACCGACGCUUGGAUUAUAUUAUUGAGUUUAGAGGUAUGUGGCAUAACGAGCUAGAUCAGCGUACUACCGAGCUCAUAUUUCACAAAGGCUCAGAGGAAGAUUUCCGCAACAUGCUUUGGGACGUUAAAUAUGACGAGGGCGAGUAUACAUCUGAAGAGUUGAGAACUUUUAUUCAAGAGCUUAAUAAAGAUUACGAUGGGGAAGUAAUUACUAAGUCAGAUCAG